GUGCAGCAGGUGGUUGUUUGGGAUUUAUUUAGCACCAGCAAAGCCUCCCAGUCAACUGAGAACUUCCUGAGGCUCGGACCAGAACCGGAUCAGAACCGGACCUGCCGAGCCCGUCAGAACUUGGCCCGGGUCUCCAGGAGGUUCUGGACGUUUCUCUGGGUCAGGACAUGGACGGACUCUGAUCCGGAACCAGCUGCAGGCCGCUGCUGGCCGCCGAUGGAGACGCGGUCGCCAUGGAAACGUUGCAUCCACCUGACUCUGCUGCUGAUUCAGCUGCGUUUACCUGAAGUGGGAGCUUCCUGUCGGAUCCUGAGGUGUAACUCUGAGUUUGUUGCUGCGACCGUCCACCUGAGCGGCGGCGGCGGCGCAGCGCUCAGCAGCGACUCGGCGUACUGCGGCGCCCUGCGCUCCUACAGCCUGUGCACCAAGCGGACGGCGCGGCCGUGCCGCGGAGACCUGGCCUACCACUCAGCGGUGCAGGGCAUCGAGGACCUGCUGAUCCAGCACCGCUGCCCGCGGGCGGGGCCCACGGCCCGGCCCUGGCCCCGCCCACAGGGCGCCGUGUUGGGGGACGCCUGCCUCUACGAGCGGAGCUUCGUCAGCAGGGAGGGCCGCGCCCCGGAGUACCGGCACUGCAGCGUGUUCGGAGACCCGCACAUCCGAACCUUCGGCGACGACUUCCACACCUGUGCUGUGCAGGGGGCGUGGCCUCUCAUCGACAACGACUACCUGUAUGUGCAAGUCACCGGCGCGCCAGCCAGUCAGGGGACGCACCACACUGUUGUCACCAAGAUCACCAUCAUCUUUAAGAGCUGGCGGCAGUGUACCGACCAGCAGCUGUACCAGGCGGAGCUGGACGACGUUCCCGCUGCCUUCGCCGACGGCUCUCAGUGGAGCGGCGAGCGACGGGGCCGCCGCGUCCUGACGGUGCGGACCGACAGUCCCGGCCGGCACGCCGAGAUCCGGGCGGCGUACAUCGGUACGCUGCUGGUGGUGCGGCAGAGCGGCCGCUCGCUCGGCCUGUCCGUCCGCUCGCCCCGCGGCGUCCUGGAGGCUUUCCACCCGGAUCACGACCUGCAGCUGUGCGUGUGGGGCUGCCCCGCCUCCUACAGGGUGGACGCGCUGCGCCCGCCGCCGCUGCCGCACGCGGCCGGCGCCGCGGAGGCUCACUGCGCCGCGCUGCUUCCCACGCGGGACGUCUACUACCACGCAUGCGUGUUCGACCUGACCGCCAGCGGAGACCUGAACUCCAGCGGAGCCGCGGUGGGCGCCCUGCAGGACGCCCGCAGCAUGACCGGCAGCGGGCAGGGCGUCCACCUGCUGCCCGCUGCUGCUGCGGGACCAGCGGGGCCGCAGCCGCCGCUGCUGCCGCUGCUGCCGCUCAGCAUGCUGGGAGUUCUGGGCGGGGCCUGGAUCACCUGCCGCUAGUUACGUUCACUCUAAUUUUUUGAGAUAAAAAAAGAAGUACUUUUAUGAGUAAUUUUACAACUGUAUACUUUUGACUUUCACGUGAGUGAUUCCAUUAUGAAGCAUCAAACUUCCGGAUCCUCCACUGUGAUGACGUCACUGAAUGAAGAACAAACUCAUCUUCAUGGACACCAUUUGUAAAAUUACACAUCAAGUUAAAAAUUUACCACAAAAGUUUAGUUUCACCAUGCUUAAUUUGUUACUAAAUACGUAUCGAAAUAAAUAUUUAAUUUGGAGGUAAAUAUUUAACUUUUAAACUAAAUAUUUUAUUUGAUUGCUAUAUAUUUAGUUUUGAAAGUAAACUACAUGUCUGGUUUGUGAAUUAAAUAUUUAGUCUGGAGUAAAAUGACUGAAAUAUAACUUUAAAAAAUGAACAUCUUUUUCCUCUCUAACAGACUAAAUAAAUCAAGUUUUUGCUGUUAGUUUUUUAGUGUAACUUUUCAAACGGCGCCUCGUUUCAACCAAACAUCCAUCAGAAUCAGAUUUAUCAUCAGUUUCUGUUCAAGUUUUAUUUUGAAAGAAACAGAUUUGGAAAAAAUGUUUCUCUUGCUUGAGUUUUGUUAUUUUCUUGUUAUUUAUAUAAAUUAUUGUCAAUCUGGUUUUUAAAAUCUCAAAAUGUUCUCCGAACUUUAUAUUUUGGUUUGUCUGAUUAUGUAAGUUGUUAGUAUGAAAUGAUGUUCUGUUCAGUGACUCAGAACUGAAAAGGUUUUUCAGUUUUCAUGGAGACUCGAACAUCUCGGCUUCAGGACAGUUUCCAGGGGGUUUGUUUUAUAAAACGAUACGUCUGCGUCUCAUCAACCAAACGUUCACUGUCAGUGACUCAAACUUCAGCUGCUCUCCCCUCUGUGCUCCAGUUUUGGUUCUGCAGGAUCCAGUCGGACCUUUAGACCAGCAGAACAUUAAGGAAACAGCUUCAAAUGGUUGUUUUUGUUUUUCUGCAACAAGCUGAUGCAAAAACAAGAAAAGAAUUUCAUGAUGAGUUGGAAAACAGACUAAAAUGAUUGAUUGAUUUAUUAUUUUCCAAAGGCAGCUCUAAGCAAAAAUAGUUUUUGAACUUUGAUUUAAAGGAGAGCCGGCCUGAUUUCUCCUUCUAAAUACAUUUUGUUUUGAACUGGAGCCUUGGUGAGCAGGAAAGUUGAAUUUAGUCUCAGUCUGUCCAGUUUUCUUUAUUCUCUCUUACAGUUUUAAUCUCUACUCUUCAGGUUUUGUGGUACAUUUGCUGAACAGAGUCAUGAACUUUCUGCUAACCAGUUUCAUGAAUCCACCAUUUUUUACUCCAAGUUAAAUGUUGCCAAAGUUACAAGUAACCAAAUAAAAAUAUUUGAUUUUUGGUUAAAUUAACCCUCACAAUAUGUUGAUAUGACAUCCAGGCUGUUUUGCUAGCAGUAGCAUUCUGCUAAUGUUAGCUUAUGUGCUAACUUCUAGUCAUAACCAUGUACUGCAUGUUUUGAAUAUCAUUAUUACAUAAACGGCUUAACGUUGUGUCUGCCAUUUUUAUUUUGUUGAACACAUGAUUCAAAUGUAUUCAGUGAUGUUCUUAGCAUUAGCAUUGGCUAGCAUUGGCUAGCUUGCUAGCUAAAAUGCCUCAUUCAUUUUGUGGCGACAUUUUCUGACUAACGUGAAGAUAGAUGGACGUGUCUGUAAUUCCUAACAUCUCUUAGUCAAUCUGUGCUGCAUAAUCUCAACUAACUGAAGAACCAGAACAAAAAGCAUCUCUUGUUUGACAUUGAUUGUAUUUAUUGAAUUAUUCUGAUCAGAAUAUGAAUGCAGAUAUCUUAAAUUAUCAGUCAGAAUCAAGAAAAUGUAGAAAAUGUAAUUACAGUCAGAUGAAACUGAUUUCACCUUAAAACUGCCUGACAGGUAUAAGACUCAAUGUUUCAGCAGUUUUGCAGUUUUCUGGAUGUUUGGUGGUUCUGGUACAAAUUGUUUCUAUUUACAAUUAAGUUUAUUUGGAUCUUGUUUUGUGGAAGCUUGAAUGUAACAAAGUGAUUUACUGCAUUCGAUGAUCAGUUCAUGAGGAGAGAUAUAGGAGAGGAAGUGGUGGGAGAGAAUUCAUCAUUAAACCUCGGACGAAUUUCUGAUUUUCUUUGAAAAGGAAAACUUUCAUCACAGCGACCGACUUCCAGGCCCAGAAGAGGCCUAAGUCCCGCCUGCAGAGACCUGCCACUGACCUGUCUGGGAAAUCAAACGUGUCAGACAUUUACAGUAACAUGCAUCCUGCAAGAAGCUCCAGAUAAAUUAAAGCUGAGUCAUGAAAAUAAGAAGAAAUUUAUUACUAAUCUGGCCAUUAUUGAUGUCUUUGUGUAAAUUUGUCAGAGGAUCUGAAUGUCAAUAAAGCUUAAUUCACCAUAAUAAGAA